AUGGCGUCAGCGGUGUUCUUUCUUGACCUGAAGGGCAAGACCCUGCUGGCGCGCAACUACCGCGGUGACAUUCCCAUGUCAGCGGUCGAGAAGUUCCCUGUUCUGCUCAGCGAAGCCGAAGACGAAAGCUCCGCCGUGCCACCGUGCUUCUCAAAUGAAGGCAUCAACUACCUCUACAUCCGCCAUAACAAUCUGUACCUCCUCGCCCUCACCAAGCGCAACACCAAUGCCGCCGAGAUCCUCCUCUUCCUCCACAAGAUCGUCGAGGUCUUCACAGAGUACUUCAAAGAAUUGGAGGAGGAGAGUAUACGAGACAACUUCGUCGUCAUCUACGAGCUGCUGGACGAGAUGAUGGACUUUGGAUACCCGCAGACAACCGAAACAAAGAUCUUACAGGAGUACAUCACACAAGAGUCGCACAAGCUUGAAGUACAAGCGCGGCCGCCUAUCGCAGUCACCAAUGCCGUCAGUUGGCGAAGUGAAGGCAUUCGUUACCGCAAGAACGAGGUGUUCCUGGAUGUUGUUGAGUCGCUCAAUCUCCUUGUGUCUGCCAACGGAAACGUGCUGCGCUCCGAGAUUCUGGGUGCUAUCAAGAUGAAGUGCUACCUUUCUGGCAUGCCUGAGCUGCGACUGGGUCUGAACGACAAGGUCAUGUUUGAGACAACAGGAAGGGCAACCAGAGGGAAGGCGGUCGAGAUGGAAGACGUCAAGUUCCACCAGUGCGUGCGCUUGUCCAGAUUCGAGAACGACAGAACGAUCAGUUUUAUCCCACCAGAUGGCGAGUUCGAGCUCAUGAGCUACCGUCUCAAUACACAGGUCAAGCCAUUGAUCUGGGUCGAGUGCAUAGUCGAAAGUCACUCUGGCAGCAGGAUAGAAUAUAUGUUGAAGGCGAAAGCACAGUUCAAGCGACGAAGUACAGCAAACAACGUUCAGAUCUCGAUUCCCGUACCCGAAGACGCAGAUACGCCCCGAUUCCGCACAAACAUCGGCACUGUACACUACGCGCCGGAGACGUCCUCGAUUGUGUGGAAGAUCAAGCAGUUCGGUGGAAGCAAAGAGUUCCUGAUGCGCGCUGAGCUUGGCUUGCCAUCUGUGCGCGGCGACGAUGAGAAGGGCGGCGGUAUGAUGGGUGGCUUUGGUGGAAGCAUGGGUGGUGUUGGUGGUGGAAAGGCAAAGAGGCCGAUCAACGUCAAAUUCGAGAUCCCGUACUUCACAACAAGUGGUAUUCAGGUCCGGUAUUUGAAGAUCAUCGAGCCCAAGCUGCAAUAUCCAUCUUUGCCCUGGGUGCGAUAUAUCACACAGUCUGGCGAUAUCGCUGUACGAUUACCGGACGUAGCUUGA